AAAAUGACAUGCCGAGCCACCCUUACGAGAACCGCGACGCCCUGAGCCUGAGCCUGACUCAAGCUACCACUCUGCCUGGAAUUACCGCGCUGUAAUUGCACUCAAUGUGAGUGCAAGUCCUGCUAUGUCAGUUAACGACACAGGCAGACAGUCAUGCAACAAUGUCGUGCUCGCCGUCCCAAUUGCUCCAGAUGACCCCCGCCACAGGCACCCCAUCACACCACCGAAGGGCCUGCAGUGCGCCGGACGCUCCGCACGAACAAAGAGACGCUGCACCCACCGCGCGAUGAAAAACACGGAUACUGAACUUGCCUGCGACUUACUAGACCUCGCACACCCUUGCCUUCCAUCACGAUGCGCUUCCCCACCGGGUUCCUCCUCCUCGCCUCCAUGAUCGCAUUUGCGACUCAAGUCCUCGCACUCUCCAUCCGUGUGGAUGCCGUCGACGUCGCAGCCCGCGAACUCACUGCGAGCUCUGUCAAGAAAGAAGUGGUGUCGUUCAGCCACGUUGGUAGCGAGGUCAUGGCCCCGCACGAUGUCGAGCUCGUCAGGCGUGUCGGCUGGACUUACAGAAACAACCAGACGCUGCUGCUCGCUGUCAUUGCGAAGAACGCAUUCAUCAUCAAUGCCACUUGCGGGAGUGGGAACAUUGUUACCUGCGCCAUCGGGGCGACAUACUCGGUCCUUACAUUCUUUUUUGCUGCGUGGAAGUGGCAGGACCGCGACGACAGCGCCGAAGGGGAGAAUCCGUACUUCAUCGUCGGCCCCGCUCCGGGCAAGACCCUCCGUCAGAGGCUCACGACCGAGCUCGCAGCGGGUCAGUGGCACUAUGUUGGCCACGUCCACCAUCAGGGCGUGAAUCACACGGUACACUACCUGAACAAUGGUGACGGUGUGCACCAGCUCCGUGCGACCACCGUGCCCUUCUGGAAUGAGACCACGGCCAGCGGUGCACUUGACAAGCGGCAGAACGACGAGGACAACGACGGCGGCUUCGUUGCGGACUAUUACUGGAACAGUGACAACGAGGGCCCGUACGAUGCAUUCGGCAGUACGUCGGACGGCACGAGCUACUUUGCGGCGAACGCAGGCGGGUAUAUGGUCAACACCGCGCAGGCGGUCUCGGCGUGCGCCGGCUUUACGGACGGGUCAGGCGCGCUCGACAACGGGAUUCUCGCGUAUGGUUGGAACAACCAACCGUAUGAGUGGGAGGACGGACAAAUGGGCGCAGAGUUUGGGAUCUGCCAGAAUGAGCUUGGCGACGGGCCACAGUGAGGCGAAGACUUCUGCAUGGCGGAAAGUAACAGCAUAACUAGAGGCAAAUGUAUAGGGCAGCAAGCUCAAAUUUGGGAAGAGUCAACGCAGAAGAUGGUGCUAUGCUCGGAGCUCGAUCAUUAUAAUGCUAGUCAGAUCUUGGCUGAAUUUUAUGAAGAAUAGGUCAUUAGUGUAUCGUU